UAUCCAAAACUUCAGCUCAUUUCUUAUCCGGGCCACACCACAACCUCCUCUUUUUCUCUUUAGGGGUGAGAGAUAUCCGGAAGGAAUAAGCUUCCUAGCUAUGGCAAACUUGGAGGCUGGAACAAAUAGUGACAUUGCACGGGAAUUAGAAGAUGUUGGGGUCCGUGUAUUCAGGGACGAAGAUGAACUCCACGUCGGUGAAGUGAUUGGUGAAAACAUUCUACGUGCUAUUGACAACUCUAUAAUCUACAUACCCAUCUUCUCUCCGACUUAUGCUUCCAGUAAAUGGUGCCUUCGUGAGCUUGUGCACAUAAGACAGAAUUUGUCCCAAUCAGAGGGUCAAAAAUGCAUCUUUCCCAUUUUUUUUCAUGUAGAACCUGAUGAUGUCAAGCUUAAGACUCAAAGGUACAUUGAAGACUUUUUGAGGCAUGAGAAGGAGUCUCCCAAUGAAGUCGAGGCAUGGAGAGAGGCUCUUGCGAAGGUUGACGAAAUUAAGGGAUGGAAGGUGAAAAAGGAUCAAAGCCAAGCAACUAUUGUCAAGUUGGUUGUUAAAAAGGUUUUGGAGGAACUGAAGACAAAACAAAAAUCAUUGCCUGAACAUUUAGUUGGACAUAAUGAUCGGGUGAAAUACUUGAAAGAAUUAUUAGAUGUCAAACAAUUUGAUGUGCGGCUCAUUGGAAUUUAUGGAAUGGGUGGUACGGGUAAAACAACUAUUGCCAAGGUUGUCUUCAAUAAAUUAUGUUCCCACUUUGGAAAGUGUUGUAGCUUCCUUGAGGACAUUCGAGAAAGGUCGAUCAAGGAGGGCAUCGUCCAUUUGCAAAAGAAAUUACUAUCUGACAUUGGUGGUUCUAGAUCUAUAGAAAAAAUUGAAGAUAGUGAAGAAGGAAUGAGGAGGAUUGGAGCAACACUUAGCAAUAAGAAGGUCCUUGUAGUUCUAGAUGAUGUUGAUGAGAAAGUUCCCAUUAAGAAUCUAAUAGGAAAUUCCAAAUUACAUCGAGGAUCUAGGAUAAUCAUUACAUCAAGAGACAAAGAUAUUUUGCAAGAUGGGGGAUUUGAAUGUGAUAUUCAACACUAUGAGAUGCUAAAGAUGGAUGAUGUUCUUGCACUUCGGCUUUUUUGUCGGCAUGCCUUUGAUAGAGACGUUCCUUUGGAUCAUUAUAGUGACCUUUCUAGUAAAAUUGUCUCCCUUAUGGAAGGGCUUCCUUUGUCUAUCGAAGUCGUGGGUUCGUUACUUAAGGGGAGAGACAAAAUUUUUUGGAAAGAAAUGUUGGUCAGGUUAAGUGAAGAACCUGAGAAAAAGAUUCUUGAUAAGUUGAGGAUUAGCUAUGAUGACCUAGAAUAUGAGCAGAAACAAAUUUUUCUUGAUAUAGCAUGCUUCCUUUUCAAUGAGAAGAAGACUGAUGCAACUUACACAUGGACGGACUGUAAAUUUUAUCCCACAAGAGGAAUUGAAGUUCUUAUCAAGAGGUGCUUGAUAAAGAUAUUAGAUAAUGAUAAGUUCUGGAUGCAUAAUCAACUCAUAAACUUGGGAAGGCAUAUUGUCCGUCAAGAAAGUCCAUCCAACCCAGGAAAGCGGAGUAGGUUGUGGGUUGCAGACGAGGCGCUUGGAAUCAUAAAAAGCAAAAAGAGGAAGGACAAGGUUCAAGCAAUUAAGCUAGAUGGAUUGAAUUACCCCAUAGAGAUUAAAAAUGAAGAGUUUGAGAGGUUACAAAAUUUGAGACUCCUCGAAUUAGGGAAUGGAACUUAUGAUGCGGGCUUGGCAAAGUGUUGUUCAAAGUUGAGAUGGAUUUCUUGGCAUUCUCCUCAUUGGGAUUUGAGAGGAGACAACAUAGAUUUGAAUUGUCUAGUUGUUUUUAAACUUCACAAUACUAACUUCACAGAUGAUGCAAAAGCAUGGGAGUUGAUCAAGAUGGCACAGAAUUUGAAAGUUCUAUCUCUUACUCAAUGUGGUGGCAUAACGACAAUCCCAAACUUCUCUAAAUGCUCGAGUUUAAAGAAGUUGAUUCUUUCGCAUUGCGACAAGCUAAAGAGAGUUGAAAGCUUCAUUGGAUAUCUAAAGUCAUUGGUUGAGUUAGAGAUUGAAUGUUGUAAGGGUCUUACAGAUUUGCCUGAAGAAGUGGGGGCACUAGUGAAGCUUAAGCGCUUCUCAUUGAGGGGAUGUUCUGGGUUGAGAGACCUUCCAUGCUCACUUGGGAAUUUAACCUCAUUGAUUGAAUUAGACUUAUCAAAAACGGGCAUUGCCAAACUUCCAAACUCCAUGAAGGGACUACUAAAACUGAAGUCUUUUCUUCUAAUUGACAUGGCAAUGAAGGAAUUUCCCAAAUUCAUUGAAAAGUUAAGAUCAUUUCGCAUAUUGAGUUUACCAAAAAAUGGAUCAUAUUCUCCGGAGCAUCAUGUUUGGCAGUUACCUAGUGGCAUCAGCAUGUUGGAAAUUCUUGAAGAGCUGGAUCUCUCUGGGCGUGAUGAUAUGACAAGUGAAACUCCUAUUGGAAUUGGAGAUUUGUCAUCUUUUAGAACCCUAAAUUUAACUAGCACCCAAAUUUGCGAGAUUCCAAGGAAUAUCGACAUGCUUCAUCACCUCCAAACACUAAACUUAAGAAAUUGUAAUGAGAUCCAAGGGUUCUUGGAGCUUCCCUCAAGGACGAUGUUUGAUCAACAUGCUUCAUCACCCCCAAACUUCAGGUGGGCAGAAUUACUUCCUUCCAGCUUGAUAUUGAGAAAUUUGACGACUUUAGAGUUCUAUUAUGUUCAAGUGGAAGAAAUUCCACUUGAUAGACUUCCAGGACUGGAGAACUUAACUGUUGACGGUUGUGAACUGCUUCAGAUAUUAACCAUUUCUUCAGAAAGCCUACAGCAAGCUCAUGUGUCGUCUUGUCCGGAUCUAGUUGAAAUAUCAUUUUCCUUUUCGGAAAAAUUGGAGUCUUUCUUCGUUUUUCAAUGCGGAUCUCUGGAGACAAUAAAAUGGCUAGAUUGCGUGAAAAACCUGGAGAAAUUGGAAAUCCAACAGUGCGAUGAACUUACUGAUGUUUGCGGCCUAAAGCAUCCAAAGUCUUUGAAAUCCUUGGAGGUCACGCAAUGCCCAUCAUUGAGGAGGUUGAUUGAUGACCCUUGCGCCAAUAUACCAAAUGAUUGCCUCGUCAAAGUCCAGGGGUGUGGAGACAUUUUCAAAGAUUCCACUCCGAGUGGUCCACCUGGAGUGCCUUUGUCGCAUUACUUAUCGGAGAUUUUUCUAGAUACAUCAAACAAGGAGAUUCAGGACGAGCUCUCCCACGUCCCCAAUUUACCUGACCUGGCGAAUCAAGCCCCAGCAGACGAAGAUGACUCGUAUGGCAUAGGUGGGAGCGUGAAUCGCCCAUUAAAGCGUCAAAUGAAUGAAGAGGGAGACAAUGAACGAGACGGAGGAGGCGGAGGAGGAGAGCGAGCCUCGCAGGGUGACGGCAAUCUCAGUGGUCGUGGGUCGAUGGAAGAGAUCUUGACCUCGCUUGUUUUGCCUGAUGAGGAAGAGAAGCGCGAGAGGGAGAGCUGCUUCAUUGAGUCCCUGCAAGGCAAGGCCACCCUGGCAUCGAACUCGAAUGAAGGGGUCCGAGCGAUGGGCGGUUACUACUGCCACAUCCAGGAGCAUUACGACGAUGCAAACGAAAUCGAGAUGAGGAAGAACAAGCGCGUCAGGCAGUCAGGCGCCCCUGUGGCGGCAGCGGCAGAGCCACGCGCUGUCGCCGAGCGUGGGCUAGCGGUGGCGUCUGCGGGUGGAGGACCGCUCGAAGGACUGGUAAGAGCAAUGCAACAGCCCAGAGUUCCCAGAGGAGGAAUUUUGGCGCGCUUUCCGGAUGAGCAAGGCCACGUUUGA